UGUUAUCCAAUGUUGAAUGUGGUGAAUUGGUUGAGCUUAUGUUUGUUUUAUGGGUUUUGUUUUAAUAUUCUUGAAAGGAGAAUAACUAAAAGGUUUGAUUUUUAUGUGAGUUUAACUGGCAGCAAAUGGAACAUGUUUUUUGGUUGUUUGAAAAGUAAGAAAUGUGAGGUUUAUUUGGAAAUAAAGUUAAUGUUUUUGUUGUAAAGAAAAUCCAACAUUGCAUGACUAAAUAAAAACAACAUUCAAAAACAAACUACAACACUGACAGUUGUAAGUAAGGAUUGGUUUGAAAAUGGAUAUGGGGUGUCAGCCUUGUCUUGGUUGCUUAUAAAAUUGAAGAAAAGGCAAGAAAUUGGAGUUUGAGAUUUCAUAUUUGAUGUUAUAACGGUUUUCGAAAAAGAAGAAUAUAGAAACUAAAGGCAUCAUAAUUAAGCUUGGUGGUCUUUUCAAUCUAGGCUGAGGAUUUUUUUUUUUUUUUUGGGUGCAAUAUAAUAGGUGUAUGGGGUAGCAACUGAUGUUGUAAUUUGGGAAGAUAUAAUAAUUUCGGGACAAGUUGUGCUUAACUGAAGCAAUGGUUGGUUCUAAUGUAUGUCCAACUGAAGGUGCCAUGGUUAUAUGUCCGACUGAAGAGGCCAAGGAUGUGUGUCCAACUGAAGAUGCCAUUCAUGCGUUCUUGGAAUACUUGGUAGAUCCAAUGCUACCAGCAAAAUCUUCUAUGCGGGAUACUUUAUCACAAUCUCAACAACAAUCAGUUGCAAAACAGGUUCAUGCUGUGGUGUUACUGUACAACUACUACCAUAGGAAACAACAACAGCAUCUAACAUUUGAAGGUUUUGAGUCUUUUUGCAAGUUAGCUGUGGUUAUGAGACCAGCUCUGCUAACACAUUUGAAGCUCAUGCAAAGAUCUGAUGAUUCUGAAUCGAAUGACCUGGAAAAACAGAUUUCAUUGACAGAGAAGGCAGUUAUGGAUGCAUGUGAUAUAGCCAAGACUUUAGAUGCAUCAAAAGAUGUUCCAAUCACAGAAGGAUGGCCAAUUUCAAAAAUUGUGAUUUUUCUAAUUGAUGCAAGGAAGGAGAACUGUUUUCUGCAAUUCAGUUCCAUUACUCAAGGGGUUUGGUCAAUGAUUGAAAAAGAUGUUAAUGCCUCUAGUUGCAUUUCAGAAGGUGUGAUGGGGGGAAAACAUAAAGCAAAAAAGAUAAAAGUAACUAAAAGACCUCUGAGAGGUGAAUUGGGUGCUGAUGAACUUUCCUUUCAGCAACUUGCGUUUUCAGCUGUUAAGGAAGUAACAGGAUUUACUAAAUGUGAUCUUAAAAUUUUGGGGAGUAAUGUUGUGUACUCUCUAAGUAAAGAAAAGGCAGCUGCUCGUUUCUAUAUGAUGCAAUCGACCCAACCAAAAAAGGAUGAUAAAAUCGAAAUUCCUAUUAAAGAUGUUAUUGACAGCUUACAAGGCCCUUUAUUGGUGAAGAAUUCGCACCAAUGGAUGGUUACCCCGGUUGUCGAAUACUUUCCUCUGCUUCCUUAUGCUGGGAUUGUGUCAGAAUGGUUUUUUAGGGGAGUGCUUUGUAAUGAUUUGCGAGAUCAAAAGAUGGGAUUGGAAAGCAUAAAUGUUAGCAGCUCUAAGAUCAAAGAAGAACCUUAUAAGCCAGAAAUAUGUAAUAACCAAGAUGGAUCUCCUAUAGACAUUGAUGGAGUGGAGUUUCUUGGAAGCAGCUCUGAUUUUGAUACUAAACCACAACAGACAGACAAGAAUGGAAGUUGCACAGAUAGUUUUGGUGAUUGUGAUGGGUCCCAGAGUAUGAAUUUGGAUGCCUGUUGUUUGGUUAGCCUCCAAAAUGAAGAAAAUGGCAAGAAUAUUGAUCCUAGAGUACAAAUUGAUGAUCACCAAAGAAAGUUGAAUUCCUGUUUGAAAACUGAUUCAAAUGACACAGCUGGUUUUAAUAUUGAGGCUGAGAUGAUUGGCUCGAUGAGGAUGCUAUUCGAUACUGAAACAAGAGGUGAAAAUAGUGUUGAUCAGAAAGCUACCUCUGAUACCAUCUAUUCUGAUCCACAUGAGAUGCCUAUUGAUGAUGGUGAUCUGGUCUCUCAUCAAUCAAAGUCUAAAGAUCUUGAAAACCCACCAAAUACCGUAGCCUCCAAUGAAAACAUAUUGUCACAAACUGCAUUGAGAGUUCUAUUUGGAAGAAGGAAUAAAUUGAUUCUUCAGCAACGCAAUAUAGAGGAUGAGAUUGCUUUGUAUAAUAAAAGAAUCCAGACACUUUUGAAUGGUGGCAAAGAUGAUUUGGUAGUAAAGAUAGAAUCCAUUCUAGAAGGUUGUGACGAUAUGUGCCUAAGAAGUCUUUCACAGGAGAGGUCUCUGCAUCUUGAAAACCACUGUUCACCUCAGUCUAUCAAGAUGAUGCGAUUGUCAGAGGCUGUUCUCAAUAAGCAAAACUCAUGUCAGGAACUGGAUGAUAUAUCAUAUGAGAACAAUUGGAUAUUACCAACAUAUCAUAUAUCAUCAUCAGAUGGUGGAUUCCGUGCAGAAGUAACUGUGAAAGGAAAGGAUUUUGAGUGUUCAAGUUCCGGUGACCUGUGUUUCAGUCCUCAGGAAGCAAGACAAUCUACUGCAACACAGAUAUUGGCCAAACUGCGGCGUAUGGCAAGUGAGUCCAAAUGAUUUCAUGUUGUUCCCUUCUCUUGAAUUUCAUUAGCAAAAAACAAAAAUUCUAUAUCCUGGUAUAUAUUUUGGAUAGCUUCAUAGAAAUCUGGUUAUAGAAUAUAUUAGAGAGUAAAUAUAUCCGUUUUAUCUCUGCUUUUGGAAACUGUGGAAUGCAAAAAUACAUACUGUUAGGUGCAUUCCACCAAAGGAAAAGUUCUAAAACCAACUGUUAAGGAUGGUGAAUUGAUAUAUAAACAUUUCUUUUUGAAUA